CUCGACUCUGCAAAUCUACCCUCCUAGGCUUUUCUUCAACUCCACGUCGCUCCACGCCCGGUCUACGGUCGCAUAUUCCUGGGAAAUUGAGAAGCGGGCUCAGUCGCUCGCACGUGAAGGACCUUUUCUUACACCUUUUUGGGCCUUGAUCUCAAUUUCGCUAUGGCCGACUAUCUUCUCUGGGAGGGCCCUAUCGGCUACUCUCUCUUCAAGGUCGCCCACCAGGGUGACAGUGUCGGCAACCGUUUGAAGGAGGUUCAGGAAGGCGUUGAUGACCUUGCUAAGUUCGGAAAGAUGGUUGAGCUGGCCAGUUUCCUGCCUUUUGAGAACAACAAGCAGGCCCUCAGUGAAAUCAACGAUAUCUCGGAAGGUGUCGCCUCGGACACUCUCGUCUCUUUCCUCGAAUUGAAUCUUCCCAAGCCCAACAAGAAGAAGAAGGUCGUUCUGGGUCUCUUGGACAAGGCUCUUGCUGGCAGCAUCAAGUCUGCCUUUGACUUCGUCGACUGCGAAACCGGCGAGACCAGCGAGGUUGUUCAGGAUAUGCUUCGUGGAAUCAGACUGCACGCCACCAAGCUGCUCAAGCAACUCCGUGAGGGUGAUAUCGACACUGCCCAGCUUGGUCUCGGUCACGCCUACUCCCGUGCCAAGGUUAAGUUCUCCGUUCAGCGCGACGACAACCACAUCAUCCAGGCCAUUGCUAUUCUCGACCAACUCGACAAGGCUAUCAACACUUUCUCGAUGAGAGUGCGCGAGUGGUACUCUUGGCACUUCCCUGAACUUAUUAAGAUUGUCUCGGACAACCAGCGCUACGCUCAGGUUGCCUUGUUCGUCAAGGAUAAGAAGGAUCUGACUGACGACAAGCUGCACGAUCUUGCCGCUCUCGUCGAGGAUGAUGAGGGUGUUGCCCAGAGCGUUAUCGAUGCUGCUAAGCACAGUAUGGGUCAGGAGAUCUCCGAGACUGAUAUGGAGAACGUGAUCUCUUUCGCUCAGCGUGUUGUCAGCCUGUCGAAGUACCGCAAGUCUCUCCACGCCUACCUGGUUUCUAAGAUGAGCGUUGUUGCUCCUAACCUUGCUGCUCUGAUUGGCGAGAUCGUUGGUGCUCGCCUCAUCUCUCACGCCGGAAGCUUGACCAACCUCUCCAAGUACCCCGCCUCUACUGUUCAGAUUCUCGGUGCUGAGAAGGCUCUCUUCAGAGCCUUGAAGACCAAGGGUAACACCCCUAAGUACGGUCUCCUCUACCACUCGUCCUUCAUUGGCCGGGCCGGUCCCAAGAACAAGGGUCGCAUCUCGCGCUUCCUUGCCAACAAGUGCUCCAUCGCCUCCAGAAUUGACAACUUCUCCGAGGAGCCCUCCACCAAGUUUGGAGAGGCCCUAAAGGCCCAGGUUGAGGAGCGCCUGGAGUUUUACGCUACUGGCGCCGCACCCACCAAGAACGAAGUUGCCAUGAAAAACGCCAUGGAUGCUCUCCUUGCCGACAUGGAUAUCGACGCUGAGCAGAGCGACGAUGAGAUGAAGGAUGCUGAGUCCGACAAGGAAGACAAGAAGGCUAAGAAGGAGAAGAAGGACAAGAAGGACAAGAAGGAGAAGAAGGAGAAGAAGGAGAAGGGUGAGAAGGAGGACAAGAAGAAGAAGCGCAAGUCAGACGUCGGCGAGGGCGAGUCGGAGAAGAAGAAGCGGAAGCACGACAGCGAUGCUGAGCCGUCCAAAAAGAAGAAGAAGGUCUAGAAGCACCACCAAGUCUUGGGACAGGAGGGCGUCAUUAUUGUCGAGGCGUUGUCGGGUUGAUUUAUUCUUGCCAUCUAUGUUCUGUUUUCUCCUUCACGACGUGACGGGCUGGGUAUUUGUAAAUUAUUCGAUUGAGGCCUGUGUCGUUCUAAAAUUUCCUUGUAGUUCUGCAAAUCUAAAUCGGGAUUUUCUAU